GGGGAGGAGAGAGGAGAGGACGGUUGGGAAGGAGGCACAGAGGAGCUGCACACAGCUGUGAGAUGCUGUUGCAGCUCUGAGAACAAGAGCUGCAUGGGAAGAGUCAUCACUGGGAAUACAGAUGGAAGCUGAAAGUGGAAUACGAACGAUUGGAAUGUCGGAGAGUCGACACCAAAGAGGAGAAUUCAUUUGAUAAGAGACUCUUGGGCAGCGUGGAGAUGUAUGCCUUUUACUCCCUUUUGGUCUACAUCUUCUACACUGUCUUUAAGAAGGAGGAGGAGGAGGAAGCCUUGGAAGGGGCGUGUGGAGAUUCCCCAGAUGAGCCAGGACCUGUUUCCAUGGAAACAAGGAGCAGGAGGAGAGAUGGCCACACCCCCAAAGUGGGAAAAAAAGCUUGUGCUCGCUUUAGUGAAUCAAGCAGCAGCAGUGACACAGAUGAAAUGAGCGAUGAAGAUGAGGAAGACGCCCCUGACAUCCCAGCUUGCACUCCUCUGGCCGCUUUUCUAUCUUUCAAGCAGGAUGCUGAGAAGAGAAGAGCUUCCCAGGUUCAGCUCGAAACAACAGGAAAGUUGGCAGAGUCUCCCCUGGUGGCAGUGAUGUCCCACUUGCUGAGUUUUCUGGAGCAGUACUCCCAUUUCCAGCAACUGCAGCAGCAGGCUGACCAGUACCGGAUCCAGCUGAAGAGGCACCGAGUCCAGCACCGCCGCCAGAUGAAGGCUCUCCGAGCCUCCUACCGCCAGCGUCUCCGGGACAAGAACAGCAUCAUCAGCAGUCUGGAAGAGGCCAUCAGCCAGCAACAGUGCCCCAGUCCACUGAGCGAGGGUGAGUCUAGUAGUGAUGAAGGGGCACAAGCUGGGGUUCACAGGCUGGUGCAGUCCCUGCACGGCCUGCAGGGUGAGAGGAGUAGGCUGAGAGGAGAACUCCGUUUGCUGCACUCCCAGCUGGAGCAGAAGGAAAGGGACAGACACUCUCGAAUACAAACCUUUCAACAGCAGAUUGAUGAGCUGAAGAGCUGCAUCGAGGAGCGUGAGGAGGAGCUGUCAAGACUGAGAACAGCCACUGGGGCCACAGACUCGGAGAAGCGGGUCCUGUGUCUGUCAGCAGAGAAUGAGAGUCUGAAACAGAGCCUGAGCGUAACUCAAGGCCUCCUGCAGCAGCUCUCAACCAUCCCCUCCCAGUCGAGCACCAUGCUCAUCAAGGAAAAUGAGAACCUCCGUGGCAGAGUGCAGCAGCUGGAGCUCUCCCUACAGCAGCGUGCUGAGCAGCUGUCGCAAAUGGAGCGACGGAGUGAACAAAGCGAGUGGAGAAGAGGCGAGGAGCUGAGGAAGAGAGAGGACAGAGUGAGAGACCUACAGCUGGAGUUGGAUAGAGAGCGAGGCAAGGAGCCCGUUAUUAAGUAUGUCACGCAGACCGUGGAGGUGGAAUCUCCAGCCACAGUAAAGCAGCUAACCAAAGCCAGACAGAGGAAUGAGUUGUUGUCCGAAAGGCUGUCCGGUCAGAAUGAGCGGUGCAAACAGCUGGAGGAACAGAUCAGGAAGUCAGACGAAUACAGCUGUAAUCUGCAACACAAGAUUGCGGCGUAUGAACGAGAAAUCAGUAAACUGAAAGAGGAGCUGCUGAAAGAGAUCGGCCACUUGGAGGAGAGGAAGGAGGAGGCUGUGAAGGCUGCUGCAAACUGCUCAGCAGAACACUUUCAGAACCUGCAGGACCAAUUCUUCAGCUUGCAGAAGCGUCUGACAUCACUUCCUCCAACUUUACGCUCUAUGAAGACAGACUACGCCAGCCUGAGGAGCCAGGUUCGAAAUUUCUCAGAGUUUUAUGGAGCAGCUAUCAGCGAAGCAAAAAAACAGAUUUCAGCUGCUAUUAGUGAGAUGUCUGAAGCCAACAAAGAUCUCCUGGAGAAAUACAGGAAAGAAGUCGCACUGCGCAGGAAGUAUCACGAGCAGCUGGUGGAGCUUAAAGGCAACAUUCGCGUGCUGUGUCGCGUGAAGCCAGUGCUAAAGGAGGACCAGCACGGAGAGGACCACUCGGUGGUCGUGACGACGGACCCCAACAACGAGUCCUCGCUCUCGGUGCUGAGCAAAGGAAAGGCUCGCAUCUUUGAAAUGGACAAAGUCUUCCACCCACAGUCCACACAGGAAGAGGUCUUCCAGGAGAUUGAACCUCUUGUGACGUCCUGCAUCGAUGGAUACCACGUCUGCAUAUUUGCUUACGGACAGACGGGCUCUGGAAAAACCUACACUAUGGAGGGUACUGUGGAAAACCCAGGUAUCAACCAGCGAGCACUGAAACAUCUCUUCAGUGAGAUUGAGGAGAGGAAGGACAUGUGGUCUUACAGUGUCACAGUCAGCUCUGUGGAGAUCUACAAUGAGGUGCUAAGAGACCUGCUGAGUAAAGAUGGAGAGAAACUGGACAUAAAGAUCAACCCGGAUGGAACAGGACAGCUGCACGUGCCGGGCCUCAGGGUCAUCGAAGUAAAGAGCUUUCAGCACAUCAAAAAGAUUCUAGCAACAGCCCGAAGGAACAGGAUUACCUUUGGCACUCAGAUGAACCAGCACAGCUCCCGCUCCCAUGCCCUGCUUUGUAUCACUGUUCAGGGCACUGACCUCGCCACUGGUUCCAAAACCACAGGCAAGUUGAACCUGGUGGACCUGGCUGGCUCGGAGAGGGUGUGGAAGUCCGGUGCAGAGGGAGAGAGGCUGAAAGAGGCCCAGAAUAUUAACCGCUCUUUGCUGGCACUGGGAGACGUAAUUCAGGCACUUAGGGCUCGGCAGACACACAUCCCCUUCAGGAACUCCCGUCUUACUUAUUUAUUGCAAGACUCCCUGGGAAAGGGCAGCAAGACUGUCAUGGUUGUGCAGGUUUCUGCUCUGGAGAGUAAUGUGGGAGAGACCUUGUGCUCGCUGAAGUUUGCUCAGAGGGUGUGCAAGGUGGAACUGGGUCCUGCUGCCAGGAAGAUUGAAUCGGGUGGAGGACAGUGUGACUGACAGCCUUGAACCACUAGCAAUGAAUGAAUCAGUCAGUACCAGCAAAUGAAAACUCCACACUAUCAACAAGAUUACGAGCAAUCGUGCUCAAGGGCUAAAUCUGCAGGCGUCUACUUGGCACCAAAUGCCAGCCUGCAAUCAAGGUUAAGUAUUGAGGAUUUUAUUCUCCGCUUUGCCAUUUUCUGCUUCUGUUCCCUUUAUUAUUAUUAUUAAAAUCUGCAUGCAGGCAUAUUUAUUCUUCCACUCCGAGUGCCAAAACAUCAUCUAACUCGUCCCACUGUCAGAACUUUGAUGCUUCCUCUGAUCACUCUAGCUCAGUUUCUUAAAUGCAAAAAUCCAGGAUCUGUCGUUUCCUGUGAUCAUCAGUGUUUAGAGCUACAAACCUGCUCAUACAGGUUUGAUAAGCUUCCAGAGCCACAAUAUCAGCACUUCACUUUUUGCAGUAUUAGUCAUUCUGCUAUAAAUGUCUGUAGUUUGUAGGCUUCGUCGCCAGUGUGGUAUAUUUUUGAAGGUUGUAGUGUGUAGGAGAGUCUAUUAUGGGCUAUUAUUCAUAUCAAUGACAUUUAUGUCACAUGUUUGUGUAGUUUUUUUGUGUGAGUUUCAGAUGAGCAGUGACUGAAUUUCUUUUUAGAUCUUUGAUAAGAGUUUUGUGUAAAGAGGGAAGCUGUUGGAGGGAGCAGGUAGCCUUGUAUUAGACUGGUAAAAUAAUCAGCUGUGCAAUAUCCUCCUUCUCGAGGACAGUUUGGGCCUAUUGAAAUCAAAGAUGCACUUUAUUGUGAAAGGAUAGGAGCAUUUCAGUUCAGGUCCGUGCAGUAGUGAAUGUCAUACCAAAAAUACAGCUUAUUGUUCAUAACAGUUUGUCAUGUUAUCACCCACUGAUUCAAAACUAACUUUUGAGUCAAAUGUAGCAAGACAUUAGUGUUGCAGUAACUACCAUGAGUGCUUAGGUGUCACUAAAUGAUGCUUUUCAGAACAUUUUCUGAAUAAAUGUGUGUUUAAGUGUUCUUUCUCUUAUUUGAUGCUCAGUAGCAUUUGACAUGCCAUCUCCAUUUGGAUUUUCUGUUGUAGCUCUUACAUCUCUGGUCAAAUGUUGAUGGAACACCAUUUACGGAGGACCAAGCAAUAGGUGCAAUGUGAGGCACAGAGCCUCUGUAGUGUAGUUUCUUUUUGCCCAUCAAUCCAUUUCCUUACACUUAUCCGAUUCAGGCUCACCAGGGGUGGAGAAAAAAAAAGUAAAAAUAUCAAAUACAAUUGAAAUGAACUGAUAAAUAAGAUGCAAGAGACAUAUCAAUGUCAUUUAGAUGCUAUUAUCCAGUUUAAACUUUUAUGUUCUAUGGAAACAUCAGUUUACGAGAUUAUGAUUUGCAAAUCACUGCAUUUUGUUUUUGUUUAUAUUUACAUUUGUCUGUUUUCCUCAGUUUUUUUAAGGCAGCAAAAAUUACAAAUGAAAUGGACAGCAAUUUAAAAAACAAUAUUUUAAUUUUACAAAAUAUUGGCCGUUUCAUUAAUAAUGCAUCUCCAAAAAAAACACAUAUACAGAAUGUACUACAAGGACAGAAGCUAUGACUCGACUGAAGACCUGACAGGAAACACUGCUUUACUCCCUGCACAAUUAAAUCUGUAUGCACAACCCAGAUGUGACUGCUGCAGUAAAUCUUGGGCAUCUCUG